AUGGCUCCAAGCGCUACAGCAAACGGCCAUUCCGCCCAAAAUGGCCAACCGGCCGGACAGCCACUCGAUCUCACCGUGCUGGGCAUGAACAGCGGGACAUCCAUGGACGGCAUCGACUGCGCCCUCUGCCACUUCCACCAAGAAACCCCCUCCUCCCCCAUGCACUUCACCCUCCUCCAGCACGGCGAAAUCCCCAUGCCCGCCUCCCUCAAAGCCCGCGUCCUGCACCUCAUCAAGCACGACACCACCUCGGCCUCCGCCCUCUCCGAAAUCAACGUCCACCUCGGCGAGACAUUCGCUUCCGCCGCUAUUCAAUUCUGUGCCGACCACAACCUGGACAUGAAGACUGAUCUCGACGCGAUCGGGUCCCAUGGUCAAACGAUCUGGCUCGCUAGCAUGCCCGAGACCCCCGGGGUUCCCAAAUCUGCGUUGACCAUGGCCGAGGGGACGAUCAUGGCUUCCCGCACGGGUGUGACGACGGUCACAGAUUUCCGUAUCUCAGACCAAGCUGCCGGUCGCCAGGGUGCACCGCUUAUCGCAUUCUUCGAUGCGCUACUCCUCCACCAUCCGACCAAACUCCGCGCGUGUCAGAAUAUCGGUGGCAUCGCCAACGUAUGCUUCAUCCCCCCCGAAGGGCCGGACAGGGCGUAUGAUUUCGAUACCGGCCCCGGCAACGCGUUGAUUGAUGCCGUCGUGAGACACUAUACCGACGGGAAGAUGGAAUAUGACCGGGACGGGGAGAUGGGGAAGAGGGGGACGGUAAACCAGGGGAUGGUGGACCGGUUUUUGGAGAGGAUUCCGUAUUUCAAGUGGGAUCCGCCCAAGACAACGGGGCGGGAGGUGUUCCGGGAUACGUUGGCUGAUGAUUUGAUCGCAGAGGGGGCCGAGUUGGGGUUGUCGGCUGAUGAUGUGGUUGCGACGGUCACGCGGAUCACGGCGCAGGCGAUUGUUGAGCAUUGGCGGCGGUAUGCGCCGAAGGGUAGGCAGGUGGAUGAGGUGUUUAUGUGUGGCGGGGGGGCGUAUAAUCCGAAUAUCACGGAUUAUAUGAAGGAGCAGUUGCCCGGGGUGAAGAUGUUUAUGUUGGAUGAUGCCGGGAUUCCGGGGGGUGCCAAGGAGGCUGUGACGUUUGCGUGGCAGGGGAUGGAGGCUGUCGUUGGGCGGAGUAUUCCGGUGCCGGAUCGGGUUGAGACACGCCGGCCGUAUGUGCUGGGGAAAGUUAGCCCGGGGGAGAAUUAUCGGACGGUGAUGCGGAAGGGCAUGUUGUUUGGGGAGGGGAGAGCGAAGUUGGAGUCGGUCAAGGAGAUGGUGAACUAUGUCGACGGGAAGGCGUUUGAUAAUAAAUGGUAG